AUGAGCCUCUUCUUCGCCAUCUUCUUGUUCGCUAUAUUUAUUUUUCACAUUUGUAUGAAAAAGUCGAUAUCCUUGCCUCCAGGUCCUCAUCCACUCCCAGUUAUUGGCCAUAUACAUCUUAUUCCUGAUUUGAAUCCUUGGAAGACAUUCCAAAAAUGGCACAAGCAAUAUGGACCGAUCUUCAGCCUUCGUUACGGCUGGAGAACCGUAAUCGUAAUCGGGUCCCACCAAAUCGCCCACGAUCUCCUUGAUAAACGAAAUGAAAACUAUAAUUCUCGACCGCGGUUUGUUAUUGGAGACGAAUGCAUGAGUAAAGGCCUGCGCUCCGUAUAUUUGCCAUACGGCAAAAAGUGGAAAAGAUACAACCAUGUCCAUGUGUCUCUUCUCAGCCCACGACUCGUUCCCAAGUACCGGAUCUUCCAGGACCUCGAGAGCAAGCAGCUUCUCUACAACAUGCUCCACACCAAUGACUUUGCAUCUUGCUUUCAUCGCUAUUCAGCCAGCUUGAUAUACACGUUGGCUUAUGGUCGCCGUCUAUCUUCUAGCGCUACAUUCGAAGUGCAGGAGAUCAAGGAGAUAUCGGGAAAUGUAUCUAAUAUACUUCACAGCAAGGUCAGCUUACUUGUGGAAGCAUUUCCGGUGUUGAAUCUUCUCCCUCGACCGAUGGCUAGAUGGAGAGCUGUCGGCGAUUUGAGUUAUAAGAGAGCUGCAGAUUUUGUGAAACGAAAUAUGAUGAAUGCGGAAGAGGCCAGAUCGUGGAAUUGGGUCAAGGAAAUCGUCUCCUCGCCUGAAUCAAAAGCUUUCACCUCCAAUGAACUUGCUCACGCUGUUGGAAUAUUGUUCGAAGCUGGCAGUGACAGCACGCCCAAAGUUCUAGAGGUUUUCGUGCUAGCUUGUGUACUGUUCCCUAAUAGAGUAUCUCGAGCUCAAGAAGAGAUCGACUGGGUAGUUGGGCCAGAAAAACUGCCUGCUUUCUCCGACAAAGAGUCACUGCCUUACAUCAACGCAUUUGUCAACGAAGUGCUACGAUGGAGGCCUAUUACGCCCGGAGGCGUUCCACAUGCCACUCUUUCUGAGGACUUUUAUAUGGGUUAUCGCAUACCAAAGGACGCAAUAAUUGUACCUAGUCAUUGGUCCCUAGACUUGGACGACGGUACUUUUCAGGACCCCUUUGAUUUCCAGCCAGAGAGGUGGAUAAGAAACCCACAUUUACCGCUCAGUUCGUUCGGCUUUGGACGCCGUACCUGUCCAGCACAAAAACUUGCUCGCAAUUCACUCUUCAUCGUUAUGGCUCGUCUCCUUUGGGCGUAUAAUAUUUCCUAUUGUUACGAGAAUGGCAAAAGAGUAGAAGUGGAUCCAUGGGAUAUGACACAGGGGUCUCUUUCAGGGCCCUCGCCCUUCAAGGCCUCAUUUGAAAUUCGCAGUCCAGAGAAGCAAAUUUUGGUAGAGAGGCAGUGGGUCUCGACGGAAAAGGACGUUGAAGUCCUUAUGAACGAGGCUGAAAAGGAAUCUACUAUUUUUGGCAAUCUCAAUUAA